AUGUCCGUCGAGGACGCGGUCACCGAGGGUCUUGCAGAUCCCAUGGACGACAAUGCGUCCGCCGCCGAGGAAGCUAAGCGAAUGCUAGCUGAGCUCGAAGGCAAGAAAGCGUCUACGGACACGCCCGCAGGAACAAAUGGGGUAAAGAAGGACGACACCACCGUGGAAGCUGCGCCAAAAGAGACGGAACCUGCGGCGAAGGGUGAGGACGAACCCAAGAAAGAAGGCUACGAUGAUGCCGAAGAUGAGAAGCGGGAGCGCCGCGAAGAUCGUGGCCCGCGUGACUACAAUGAUCGGGGUCAUCGUGGAGGUAGGGGCGAUCGCAAAGGCUACCAUGACCGGGGUCGGGAUCGAGGCGACCGUGAUGGCUACAAGCCUCGCAACCAUCGAGAGAACAACAAGUUCGAUCCUACCACUAAAGAGAUCACUGACGAUCCAGCAGAAAUUCGCAAACAGGUUGAAUUCUACUUUUCUGACUCCAACCUGCCCAGAGACAAGUUUCUCUUUGGUUUGGUCGGAGGCAUCGAAAACAAGCCUGUCCCUCUCAAGACGCUUCAUUCCUUCAAACGCAUGCAACGCUUCCAGCCCUUCGAGGCAAUCGUGGAAGCUCUCAAAGGCUCCAAAGAGGUCGAGCUCACGGAUAAUGAUACGGCUGUGCGACGAAUCAAGCCGCUGGCUGAAGACUUCUUCAAGGUGAUCCCGGGAAAGUCCGAUCCACGGACUGUGUAUGUCAAGGGCUUCGGCGAGGAAACUCCCAGCUCUCAGUUCGACAUCGAAGCAUUUUUCGACCCGUACGGCCCGACCAAAGCAGUGCGAUUGCGGCGCAAUGACGAGAAGACGUUCAAGGGCAGCGUCUUCGUCGAGUUUGAGACUGAAGAGCUGGCACAGGCUUUCCUAGCGCUCGAUCCCAAGCCCAAAUACAAAGAUCGAGACCUGCAAAUCAUGAGCAAGACAGAGUACACGGACAAGAAGGAGGCGGACCUGAAGGCAGGUAGGAUCACUUCCAAUCAAGAAGAGCGUCGGGGUGGCAAGAAGGGCCACCGAGAACAGCGCGGGGACAGAGACGAUGACAGAGACUGGAGAACACGUCGGGAUGAAGACCAGAAGCGGGGAUUCCGAGACGACAAGAGGCGAGGUGACCGUGGUCGUGGUGGCCGUGGUGGCCGUGGUGGUCAUGGUGGGCGGCCUGAAUGGCGCGGAGGUGGCAGAUCGAAGGCGCCAGAGACAGACGAGCGGGGAAUCCCCUCUAUCAAAUCCACCGCACCAGAGAAAGAUUCGGCGCGCGACGAAGCUCUUGCCAAGGCCAAAGCCGCGGUCGAAGCGGAUAUGAAGGAGCAAGAGGCGCAGAAGGUAGGCAACAACGUUGAGACGAAGGACCAAGAUCAUAACACUGUCGCCGACAGCGGUGCAGCUGACAUCGACACCUCUGCUGGGAAGAAACGCGCACGUGAGGACGAUGCUGCCGAGGCCGAAGUCGGCCGUGAGGUCAAGAAGGUCGAUACCAAGACGGAACCAGAGGUGACCGAAGCCGAGUCAUAG